GGGGGGGGCGGGGGGACCGAGGCGGCGGGAUUGCCGGGGUCCGAGGGAGGACGCGAGGGAGCGCCCGAAGGCCAAGCCGAGGAUAUCCUCCCUGGGAUGGAGCAAGGGGCUGAGCCAUGGGAUCCAGUUCUUCAAGGCUCAGAGGAGAGGGAGCUCCUCAGAAGCACCCAAACAGGUGAAGGUAUGGGAAAUGAGAAUGAAGAUCACCCUCAGCACCAUGGUCUGGAUUUUGAGGAUGACCCUCAACAGGUAUCUGGCCUGGAUUUCAAGGAAACUCGAGAUGUGGCUUCAGGUCGGGAUGCCGGAGAUAGCACCAUCAAAUUAGAACCAGAAGAGACCUGGGAAGAUAUAUGGGCAAGUGCAGACCAAGGGAAACCCCGUUCUCGAGUUCCCAGACCUCUUUCAGAAACACGGAGGGCACAAGUUGGGGAGAGGGCACCCGUGUGUGGUGAGUGUGGGAAAAGCUUUCGGCAAAUGUCAGAUCUGGUGAAACACCAGCGCACACAUACUGGGGAGAAACCCUACAAGUGUGGGGUAUGUGGUAAAGGUUUUGGGGACAGUUCAGCACGCAUCAAGCACCAGCGAACACAUAGUGGUGAGAAGCCAUACCGGCCCCGACCACCAGCUCCUGGCCCCCCUCGGACUCCAAGACCUCGAAUUCCUGCUGGUGAGCGCCCCACCAUUUGUGGUGAAUGUGGCAAGAGCUUUCGGCAGAGCUCGGACCUUGUGAAACAUCAACGCACACAUACAGGUGAGAAGCCAUACAAAUGUGCCGUCUGUGGCAAGGGCUUUGGGGACAGUUCAGCACGUAUUAAGCAUCAGCGGACGCAUAGGGGUGAACGACCUCCACGCACAGUUGCAUCCCGGCGAGUGGCCCGGGCUGCUUCCGCCAUCCCCCAGGGUUCAGCAGCUGGACCCAGGGAUAAACCCCACAUGUGUCCAGAAUGUGGGAAGCGCUUUGUGUUGAGCUGCAGCCUCCUGAGCCAUCAACGCAGCCACUUGGGGCCAAAACCAUUUGGAUGUGAUGUGUGUGGAAAGGAGUUUGCUCGUGGAUCAGACCUUGUAAAGCAUCUACGUGUGCACACGGGUGAAAAGCCCUACCUAUGUCCAGAGUGUGGCAAGGGUUUUGCUGAUAGCUCAGCCCGUGUCAAGCACCUUCGCACACACAGUGGAGAGCGGCCCCACGGAUGCCCAGAGUGUGGCCGAACCUUUAGCCUUGGCUCUACGCUCUUGCGACAUCGCCUCACCCAUCUGGAACCACAGGCCUUUGGAGUUCAUGGGUAUCCUUUGGCUCCCCACAGCCCCAGCCCACCCCCCAGCUCAAGUCCUCCACUAGUUCCUCAUGGCCCUAGUCCCCCACUUGUCCCACGUAGUCCUCCCCAUCCUGGGGAGGGCCCCUUUGGCCUUCCUAGUCUGGAGCCAGAGCCAGAGGGCCCCCAGGUUGGAGAGCCACCCCCUCCAGCAGUUGACAAGCCCCACAAGUGUCCCGAGUGCGGGAAAGGAUUUCGUCGAGGUUCAGACCUGGUAAAGCACCACCGUGUGCACACAGGUGAAAAACCAUACCUGUGCCCUGAGUGUGGGAAAGGCUUUGCUGACAGCUCAGCCCGCGUUAAGCACCUGCGCACCCACCGAGGUGAGCGGGCCCGCCCAACUCCAACACCCCCAGCAGCCCUCCUUCGGCCCCACAACCCUCCUGGCACAGCAGCUCCCACUCCCCGGCCUCGGGGCAGGCCACCUGGCACAAGCAGGACUCAUACCUGUGGGUACUGUGGGAAAGAAUUCCCCCGAAGCUCAGACCUGGUGAAGCAUCGGCGUACUCACACAGGGGAGAAACCCUACAAGUGUGCAGAAUGUGGCAAGGGCUUUGGGGACAGCUCAGCCCGCAUCAAGCACCAACGUGGGCACCUAGCACUACGGCCCUAUGGAACAGGGCCCACCAGAGCUCGGCCCCCCAAGCCAGAGCUGGGGACUGGAUUAGAGUGAUGGAGCCAGAGAGAAGGAUCUAAAGGGGGAUGGGAGGGAAUUUGCUGCCUGAGGUGGGGAGUAAGGGAAGUGAUAAUUACAGAGUGGAAAAGGAAAGUCAGGAGGCAGAGAGCCAGAGUUUGGGGGGGGGGGGAGGUUCAGGGAAUGUGUGGGCCCCAGAUGUAGGGGUUCUUAAACCCCAAGAUUCCCCAGUUCCCUGCUGGGGACAUCAGAGUUCCUAUUAUACUGCCAGUGUGUUUCUGUCUUCUAUACCAAGUAGGGCUUUGACUUCUAUUUCAGGGCUUUUCUCUGAACCAAUUAGCUGGGGGUAGAAUUAGAAUAGUAUUCCAGUGAAGCCAGACAAAUUCUUGAGUGGGCCAGAAUGUUUGGCUCGCCCACCCCAACCAGCCACUUUGCAACUUCUUGACCUUAGAUGAAAGGGGAUUUGCAAAAUCUACCAAAUGUGUCCUGCUGCUGCUGGGUCUGUGGAGCCAUUUUCAUGUACGUCAUGGAGCAGAGCAGUGUUCAGUCCUCAGUUCCCCAGGACAGAAGAAAGGGCCAAGUGGUUAUGGGUGGAGAAAGCAUACUGACACCAAGGGAGAGGCUUAGCAAUGUGAAUGAACCUUAAAGGAGUAUUCUUCCCCUCCCCCCCAAAAAGAGGCUAGGUAGGCAAUAAGGGAUUUAUCUCUGGGAUCUCUGCUGACACUGUCUAUUUCCAAUAAACUGUCUCUUGUCUUGAAACUGUGUGGGUUUUUGUGCUAGGAUUGAAGGGGUGGAGGAAGAGACAGGAAAUAGGCAACAGUAUGAAGCAUCUAUGGCUUGUCAUCUUUGGAAUUGUAGGUGCAAAGACAGUGAAUCUGUCCCUGGUCUCCAAUAGCAUCCAUUCUUUAGGAGAUGCAUGUAGACAGUGCAAACACAUUCAGGCCUCAAGGACAUAAAUGCUGGCUCUUUUCAAGAUAAGGUGCAGGGGAUUCAAAAACUAUCUGAAAACCUUUGCCUUUGGAGACCAUACAUUCUACUGGAAGUUACAUUUACCCAGACGAGUAUGGAGGCAAGCUUGAAUGUAGUGGACCAAAAAAUGUUAAGACUUGGACUCAACUACUAACUCCAUCAUCCUAGCUAUGGUUAGGGGUAAGUCACUUAGCUGCUCUGAGCUCCGAUUAUCUCCAUAAAAAGCUAAGACUUGGGGAGAUGAAGUUUCCCAGGCUUCCUUUAAGUACCCAAUAACACUUCCAUCUUAUACAGGAAACCUAUCCCAACCCUUGCCUCUAAUUCUAAUGCCCUUCAAUGCUAAUUCAACUUGUAUAUAGCUUGCGCUUGCUUGCAGCUGCUCCCGUUUGAUUUAGACACAUUGAGGUCAAGAACUGUUUUUAGCUUCUUUUUGUACCCACAGCUUAGCUUAUUGGUUGGGAGAUUGCCGGCUUUGCCAUCGUAGCGUCUGCCCGUCUUUAGAACCCCUCUGGAGUUCGUUGGUAUUUGAGGUGAGACCAUUGUAACUGUCUGGGCAAAAAAAUCCACUGGGAAGCCCCCUCCUCUUCCCCAGGCACGCAGCUGCGGGCAGGAACAAAAUGGAACAAUCAGUUCUCUGCUGGGCUCGCCUCCUUUCCACGCCCUGGCAACGAAGAGAACGGGGCCGAGUCUCAAGUCUGUCCCCCAAAUUAAAUAUGCCAGGAGCAAAAACCGAGUAGCUCCAAAGUCUUGGGAGCCAUGUUUUUGGUUCCAAGUCCGUACAAGGAAACCUGACCACCUCCUAAAGAGGGGAGCCUGCUCAGAAUCGCACACAGCACAGGAGAAGCAACAUAACCUGCUCACUUUUGUGGUGAUCGUGGGUCGUUCGGGAAAGAAGGAAAUUUAUUGGAUUAAAAGGGAAAAGCCCCAACCAAUGAGGUCCGAACUCGGGCUGUUUGGCAGGCUGUGGACCACUUAGUCAUCGGGACAGAAAAAUGGUUCUUUGUCCCGCCUCUAUCGAGCUUCCAACCAGUCACUGUGCUUAGAUUGCUCUUCUUCCUCUUACCUUCUACCCCUUUGGUUGGGGCUGCUGUCUUCUGCUCAGAGUCUCUCCGGCAGUCAGAAGGUCGGUGGGACUGGAUUGGUCAAUCGCAUCCUACGAAGAGACCAAUCAGAUCCAACGUAUGAGCAAAGGUGCUCGGCCAAGGAAAAAGCACAGACUACGUUUCCCACAAUUCCCAAACACCUAACCCGCUUCCGACAUCUGGCUCGGGUUAGCCUGGGAAUGACAAAGGGCCAGUCUCCAGGUUUUGGGUGACUACGUUCCCUUUAAAUAGUGGGGGUUAUUUGGGUUUCCUGCUCUUUGAAAGUCAAAAAACAGAGCAAAGUGGUGUAGUGGAAAGUGAAUCAGAAGUCGAUUCUCAUCCCAGCCCCAAUAAACUAAAUGAGCUGAGCCUCAUUGUAAUAAUAGGUAACAUUUAUAUGGCACCUACUAUGUACCUGCCACUGUGUUGAGCAAUUUACAACUAUGAUCUCAUUUUACGUUUUAUCCUCACAAUAACUCUGGGAGGUAGGUGCUAUUAUUAUCCUUAUUUUACAGAAGAAGAAAUGGAGAGAAACAGGAACUCCAACACUUCUUAUCCCCAUACUAAUUAUUAUUGAGACUAUUAGCCUUUUUAUUCAACC